UUGGCUGAGCGACAGUGUAUAACCUGUGUGUUGGUUCCGGUGUGGUUUAACGUAGACUGCAUUAUAAACGGGUUGUUUAUCCUUUGCUGUCUUAACUUGUCGUCAGUAAGAGACAUCUGGCUGACUGACAGCAAGCACGAGAUAACAUAACGACUAUCGCCAAAUCUUGUUAUUUAUGGAGGUGAAGUGAGGUGCUUCUCCAAUGUAGCUCAUUAGCUUAGCUGCGUCGCGCACCAUGUACACAUAGCUUUUCUGUUCAACUACUAAGACAGUCUUUGCUUGGAAGAUUAUUAACUGUGGUGUAGACAAACGCAGUGCAUCUGUUGGAAUAGUAUCAAGAAUAAUUCCUGGUUGUCAAUCAGAAAUCCCGGGGCUAAUUCCCGGUCACCAGCUGAAUUAAUGGCCGGAAAUCCGAGGAGGGGCGCCGGUCUCAUCGGGCUGAUGAAGGACGCCUUUCAGCCCAACCAGCAGCCUCUGCAGCCUCACCAACCGGGGGUGGUCGAUAAGAAAAUGGUGGAGAAAUGCUGGAAACUCAUGGACAAGGUGGUGCGUUUGUGCCAGAACCCCAAGGUAGCACUGAAGAACAGCCCACCUUAUAUCCUGGACCUUCUGCCAGAUACUUACCAGCACCUGCGCACUAUUCUGUCCAGAUAUGAGGGCAAGAUGGAGAUCCUCGGUGAAAAUGAGUAUUUUCGGAUUGUCAUGGAGAAUCUGACAAACAAGACUAAGCAGACCAUGAGCCUCUUUAAAGAGGCCAAGGAAAGGAUGUACGAGGAGAACUCCCAGCCCAGGAGAAACCUGACCAAGCAGUCUCUGAUCUUCAGUCACAUGCUUGCUGAGCUGAAAGCCAUCUUCCCCAAUGGCCUGUUUCAGGGAGACAACUUUAGGAUCACCAAAGCGGAUGCAGCAGAAUUUUGGAGAAGGUCAUUUGGGGACAAAACCAUAGUACCGUGGCGGACCUUUCGUCAGGCUCUCCAUGAAUUUCACCCCAUCAGUUCAGGUCUUGAGGCCAUGGCCUUGAAGUCGACCAUCGACCUCACCUGCAACGACUACAUCUCUGUGUUUGAGUUUGACAUAUUCACCAGGCUCUUCCAGCCAUGGUCAUCUCUUUUAAGGAACUGGAACAGCCUGGCAGUCACACACCCAGGAUACAUGGCUUUCUUAACCUAUGAUGAAGUCAAGGCACGAUUGCACAGGUUCAUCCACAAGCCUGGCAGCUACAUCUUCAGACUUAGCUGCACUCGACUGGGACAGUGGGCGAUUGGCUAUGUGACGGCUGAUGGGAACAUCCUGCAGACCAUUCCUCAUAACAAACCACUCUUUCAAGCCCUUAUUGAUGGAUACAGAGAGGGAUUCUAUUUGUUUCCAGAUGGUCGUGCACAGAACCCGGACCUGACAGGUCUGUGUGAACCCUCUCCACAGGACCACAUCAAAGUUACUCAGGAACAAUAUGAGCUCUACUGUGAGAUGGGCUCCACAUUCCAGCUCUGUAAGAUCUGUGCAGAAAAUGACAAGGAUGUGAAGAUUGAACCAUGCAGACACCUGAUGUGCACCUCCUGUCUGACGGCCUGGCAGGAGUCAGAGGGUCAGGGUUGCCCCUUCUGCCGCUGUGAGAUUAAAGGCACAGAACCCAUAGUGGUGGACCCCUUCCACCCUAAGGCUACCUGCGCUUCCUUUGCUGGGUUCCAGGGAUCCACCAGGGCAGAACCUACUGGCAUCGAGGAGGAGGAGGAUGAUCGACUGGAGGACCAGCAUCUGGUCAUGAGCAGGCUGGCAUGCUCUAAGGUGGAGCGGCCUCCCUCCCCCGUGUCUCAGUUGCCUCCAGUGCCUCCUAGACUUGACCUUCUGCAACAGAAACCUUCCAACUCCCCUGGUGCUUUAGGCCAGGGAGCUACAGCCAGGAUGGCAGCCACAUACAGAGACAAGCCUCUCCCUUUGCCUCCAGCGCUCAGAGAGCUGCCCCCUCCUCCUCCUCCAGAGAGACCCUCCUUGGUCAGUCAAGAUACAAGACUCCAGAAAAGGCCUCUGCCCUCCACACCUGACCAACCCUCCUGGGCAGCCAACUAUAUGGUGCCACGGCCCGUAGUUAAAGCUGCGUCAGCCCUGCCAUCUAUUCCUCAGAGCAAUGGAGCCAAUGCAGAAGGAAGCAAACCUCAGGCUGCUACCAAUGCUGUCUACUGCCUUGCUUCAAGAUCCUUCUUAGCAUCAGCAGUACCCUGUAGGGAGUGGGUGUCCUCUGACUGUGAUGAGAAUGAGUACAUGAAUCCCACCUCCUUCCCAGUGUCUGGAGGCCCUUGGGUAUUAUCAGGCUCACUGGUCCCCCCUCUAUCCACCCAGUCAAUCCAGCACGCCGACACCAGAGAUCCAGACUGCAGGCACUGGAGGCUUGACCCUACCCUACUAAGUAACCAUUCUUUUAUUGAGUAUAUUACAUCUGAGUGGCAGCAGUUCAUUUCUAUAAAUAAAACCCCAGAUUAGGGAUGUAACGAUAAC